AUGGUGGUGCCCAAACGAUCUGGUGUUCAACAAAGAACAACGCCGAGCUAUUCCGUUAAGGAGGGCUCUGAGAAUGCCUUAGCUGCUCUCCUUACCGCCUGCCAACGGCAGCUACCUCCUGAGUUCGCUGAACACCUGCGGAACGUUGCCUUUAGCACGCCACUCGGGGACACUGCUUUCUUCCCAUGUCCUCUAAAGGAACAAGAGGCUACGGCCUCCAUCAAAGCCCUCGAGGGCAUGGCUGCUGCCGCCAUUGCUGACCUGAGGUACGGGCCUCAGCCAAAUAGGAGUAUCGAGGUUGAUGUGGCACGCACUGCAUGCUUCCUCGUUUCCGCAUAUCUAACCACUGUCGACGGCAUGGAUAAAGCCCACCCUAAUAUCAAGUCCAAGAUACCUGAUACCGACUUGAACCAAGCACAAUCCAUCCUUUACCGACGUCUCUCAGCAAAUUUGUAUGAAACCAAGAAUACCGGAGAGUACUACCAUCUCCAUGGCUCCCUAGAAGCGAGUAAGGCCCUUAACAUGAUAGGCCUGCCCGCCUUCAACCCGGGUCUUCAGAAUUAUGGCGAGUGUAUCAAGACCAUUGAGACAGCCAUGAAACGCUUCACAGUCACAGAACUUGAGGAAAUGAACCGAAGAGAAGGCCAGGCCGGUGUCCCCGUUCUCAAAAAAGAGCAGUUCCUGAAUACGCCGCAUGGCAGGGCGCUCGAGUCGCUUCCUCCCUUCACCAUCAAACCAGCCGAGACUACUACAAAGCCAACGCCCUUUGAACCGCAAAACAGCCAUGGCGGCGCCGAGCAAUGCCUCCAAGGAAUCCGGGUCUUGGAGCUUUGCCGCGUGAUCGCCGGCCCCACCAUCGGCCGUUCUCUCGCAGCACAUGGCGCUUCUGUCCUGAAGGUAACUUCCUCAAAGCUCCCCGACGUUCCCUUCUUCCAAGUAGACGUCAACACUGGCAAGCACACCACCUCUCUGCACCUCAAAGACCCUGAAGACCGCGCGACCUUUGACUCGCUUCUUGCCAGCGCGGACGUCGUCCUAGAUGGCUACCGCCCGGGUGUUAUUGACCGUCUGGGCUACGGGCCUGCAAAACUAGCCGCCAUCGCCGCAAAGCGCGGCAAGGGAUUCGUGUACGUGGCGGAAGAUUGCUUCGGCGGUACAGACCUUGGAGAGGCGAGGGCAGAGUGGGCUGGUCGACCGGGAUGGCAACAAAUAGCGGACUGCGCCACGGGCGUGGCGUGGGAGCAGGGUCAUUUCAUGGGACUCAACGCACCCGUUGUCCCUCCUUUCCCCAUGUCAGACUAUGGCACAGGAGCUCUCGGUGCUGUGGCUGCCAUGGCCGGCCUCUACCGCCGUGCAACUGAGGGCGGGUCGUGGGUGUGCCGGACGAGUCUGUGUCAGUACGAUGUCUUUCUACUCUCCCUCGGGGCGUAUUCGCCGGAAGUCCAGGCUAAGCUGCGCAAGGCGCAUGAUCCCGCGUUCUUCGGCCUUCGACACCACGAUUCGGUAGAUGAGGUCAGUAAACGAGCCCUCCGAAGCGUGAAAAGACUCCAUCCAGAGCUAUUUUCAGAGGAAAUGAUGCAUACCUCCCGGAGCGAGGGGUUCGACGCGGAGGUGAGGUGGCCCAGAGAGGCUAUCAAAGUUGAGGGGAUCAGGGUGGGACAUAACCGGGCGUCGAGGCCAAACGGAGCUGACGCGCCUUCUUGGGAUGAUUGGGAAGUGCAAGAGGAUAUUGUUCGGGCGCAAUGA